AUCAUGCAUACGGGCUAAAGUCUGUGCUCAAUGUGGAAAUAAAAUUAUUUUAUUUGCUGGAUUUUAGUCUCGUUUAACGCAUGUUUUUGUUGCUCAUUUGAAAUGUUAAAGCGGCAUUAUUUUUUCGUAUUUGCGUUAAUAGUCGUUUGUAUUAUACUUUUUUAUACUAAAGAUAUUUCUGUAGCAAAUCGUUAUUUUAAUAUUUAUAAAAAACGCGGUAACUUUGAUUCGCAGAACCACGAAGCUUUUUAUUCAACUGCUAAAACAUUUUCCUCAAUCUAUGGUGAUAAUUCUUGUAAAGAACAAUACGAUGAACGUCAUCAUUUAUUAACAAUUUUUCAAAAGUGGAUAAAAUUGGCAAAAAAUUAUAAUAUUACAUAUUUUUUAACAUGCGGAUCAUUACUUGGAUCAUGGCGCAAUCAAGAUCUUAUUCCAUAUGACCGAGAUUUGGACAUACUUAUAUCUAACACAUCAAAUAUUGUAUUAGAAAGCAUUAAAGAUAAAAGAAAUUUUCAUGAAAGUGAUAAUAAAUUUCAUUUGAUCUUACAAAGUGACUGGAGGAAACCUUACAGCGAGAGGCGUAGGUUUAAGUGCAACGGUGAGCAAGUUAAAGUCUAUUCAGAUCACUGCUCUUUUCAAGAACCUCUAGGCAGGUUAAUUAAAGGUGACUUUCACUUGGAUAUCUAUGACUACAGUAUUAGAAAUGGUUUAGUUUAUGAUCCCUCUGAAUGGGAAAAAACUUACAAAGCAGCGGAUGUAUUUCCUUUGACAAAAUGUAUGUUUAUGGGAGAGGAGACCUGGUGCCCUAAAUCUCCUGAGGUUAUUUUGAGUCAACUUUAUAAAGAGUUAUCACCUAAUAAAAUUUGUAAAAAUGGAGAAUGGUUUGAUGUUACUUAAGCUAUACAAAAAAGUUUUUAUUGCA